CUACACAAUUUACUCCAGAUUUUAAAAAAUUCUAUACGUAUUUUAGCUGUAGCGACAGAUUUCUGGGAUGUUUUCAUUCGACUUUCCGCAGCAAAUCCACGCCCGGACACUAAAUCUCUUGCCUGCGAUAAAUCAGCUGGAACUCAUCGUCGUCCUUCUGGCUAUCUUCCACUUUCUACUGAAUCUAAUGUGGUAACCGACCUUCAGAUUUCUGAGCACUUCUCUCCAGCUGCCAGCUCAGAUGGCGCCGCUCCUAAUUCUGAAAGCAGAAUGGAUUUGGAACCCUCAAAUUCGGCUGAAAUUAUCCAUCAUCAACAUAGUCCUCAAGACGCCUUUGCAGCGAAUCAAUUUAGCCUGAGGGAUCAGCUUUCCUCUUGCAGUUUAGUUCCUGAUCCAGCUAAUAAUGUAAAUGCUUCCUACACGUCUUCAAAAAUAUCUUCUGAAGGCAUCAAGGGCGUUGACUUUUUUGCUCAGCUUGCGGAGCUUCUCCGGCACCCUCUCAUCAGAAGCCGUUGCAGCCAUCAAGAGCGUUUGUUGUCCAUACUCUCUGGUAUCAUUGGAGAGUACUUUGUUUAUCGUCGUCAUCUUAGUUCUGCUCCACGAUCUUCAUCUCAACAAGCAGUCAUUCAGCAGCCCCAAACCUCCUCAUCUGAACAACAAGGCGAAUCCUCUUUGGUUUGUGAAAUACUUACGUCGUACUAUUAUUCAGCCCUUUAG